GCCUCUCUUGUGCAGAAUCCAAACGCGUCCCCGGACUUUACACACAGGCUCGGUGUAAAUCCCCUCGAGCUCCCUGGUUGGAGAAAGAAAGCUAGAGCAGCAGCAGCAGCUGCUGGUUCUUCUCAGAGUAUCAUGGCAGCAGCUUCAGGUGGAGAAGAUCUGAUGGAGCUGGAAGCCAUGAAGAAAGAUGACCAUUCAUGGCAUCCAUGCCAUGUCUCUUUGAGUUCAGGUGAUUCAAGUGGUCUUGUCUUGGACUUUGGGAACUGUGACUCAGAAGAUAUUAUAUCCACUGAGGCAGAAGCUCUUGCACGUCUGCGUGUGCGUUCUAUUCCUCUACAGAACGGGGAUUGCUUACAUAUCAAAGAAGAAGAUCAUGUUCUUGCCAUGCACAAGACACAAUUUAGGAGCAUGUUCUUUGAUGCUGAGGUGGAGAAGGCAUGGAGGGUACGUCACUCUAAUAAAGUCCACUGCAGAUGUAGUUUUGAAAUCAAAUGGCUUCACUCUGAGCUCAAAGGACAAACCAUGAAGGUUCCAUCUACCUCAAUUCUGAAACUGGCAAGAGAUGACAUCUGCAGCCAUCCCACGGUUGGCAUGUUCUUGAACUCUGUGAAUCCUUCAAAAAAUUCAGAUACGCCUUCCUGUGUUACUCCUCUUGAGGACACCAAUUAUGAACUCGACCUUGAAAGUUUGUUGGACAAUCAAAUAGAAGAGAUUAGCAAAUUAGCUGAUGCGUUGGAUAAGGCAUACUCAGAAGAGUUUCUAGCAGGUGUUAAAGGGGUUGAUCUUGCUGGACCAAAGGGGAGCAAAGCGGUAAGCUAUUUGCAUAACCACUCUCCCUACAACCAGAGCAAUUCCAGAAGGUCGACUAGGAGCCAACGGAAACUCCAACUUGAAACAGAACACAAGUUUCCCCCACCUCUCAGUCAGCCCGUGCCAGAGGUGAAUUUUGAGAAGUCUCAUCUUAGCCCGCUUGCUGCUCGUGCAGCUCUUGCUUCAUUAGUGCAUGAAUUACCACAGAAGUCAGUAAUACCGCAAUUUCCGGUUCUUCCAGAUCCCAUCCAAAUUAUGGAUGAUGAUAUAUCUUUGGAUACUAUACAUGAAAAAUCACCAGUCUCAAGCAGAAGGGGUGCUUCAAAGAAGAAUCAGUUGAUGGAAGGAUCUCUAGAAGCUCUAUCCAUGCAAGAAAACCCAACAGCUGAGCUGAAAAUCUUGGAAGACGGGAGUUUGAAUGGCCCCGCCACCAAGGGAAGGAAAUUGAAUGGUGGUACCAUUGCAACAAGACAAACUCGUUCGGCAGUUCAGAAAGAAACGGGGAAUUCAAUCAAUGAAGUCAAGGUAGUGUCCCCAACUAAAGAUGACCCGUCGAAAAAGCCCACCACCCCAAAAAGAUUAACCCGUUCGGCAGUUGAGAAAAAAAGGGGAAAUUCAAAUGAUGAAGUCAAGCAGGAGUUUUCAACUAAAGAAGGGAAGUCAAACAGCCAUACGAUCAAAAUUGGGUUAACUGAUACUUCGGUUCAGAAAGAAACAGGAAAUUCGACUGAUGAAGACAUCAUAGAGUCUUCAACUAAAGAUGGGAAGUUGAAAAUCAAUGCCAUCACAAGAAGGUUAACUCGUUCGGCAAUUCAUAAAGGAAUGGAAAAUCCAAUCAAUGAAGUCAAAGUUGGCUCCUCAAAUAGAGAUAGGAAAUCAAAUAGUCACACCGUCGCAACAAGGUUAACUCGUUCAGCAGUUCAGAAAGAAAUGGAAAUGUCAACGAAUGAAGUCAACGUAGAUUCCUCAACUAUAGACGAGAGGUCGGAUAACCAUAACAUAACCAGGCUGACUCAUUCGGCAGUUCGUAAGGAAAUGAGAAAUUCAAUCAAUGGUGUAGAGUCAGUGUCUUCAAUUGAAUAUAGGGAGUUGAAUAGAUCUACCACCACGACAAGGUUAACUCGUUCGACAAUUCGUGAAAAGACAGGAAAUUCAACUGAAGGGCAACAGCCAGAGUCCUCGACUGAUGAUAUGAAGAAAGGGUUAACCCGUUCUGCUAUUCAGAAAGAAAGAGAACAAUUAGAUGAUUCAAUUGAGGUAGAGUCAGUUGAGGAUAGAAACUCGAACGGCCCCACCAACCCAACAAGGUCAACUCGUUCUGCAUAUCAAAAGGAAAUGGUGAAUUCAUCUGCAGAAGUAGAAAUACAAUCCUCAACUAAUGAUCGGGAAUUGAAUAGUCCUGCCAUCGCUAAAAGGUUUACUCGUUCAGCAAUUCAGAGAGAAAUGGGAAGUUCAACUACCAAAUCUGAGGAACAACAGGAAAAGAGAAAAAGAUCACGAGAUGAAGGAGCUGAUGUCUCUGUAGAUGUUUUCAUGUGCAUGAAUAAGGAGACCAAGAAGAAAUCCCACUCAGCUGUUGAGUCUACGGAAAACUCAUCCCAACAAAGACAGGAAAUGAAAAAGGUGUCAAGUACUUUAAUCAACAACAUUGAAGGUGAAACUUCAGGAGAUGGUGAAGGUUUUGAAGUGGAGAAGCGGAAAGCCAUCUCCAAGAAGCCCCAGUUGCAGGUGGCUAACAAGAACAGUUUCUCCCCACGAACACGGGCGCAAAAGAAGGGUUUACUGCCCUGUUGACGGCUAUCGUAGUUGACACCAAAAUCUGCUUGUCUCGGACCCAGCUGGAAAUCAGAGAGCAUUCCCUGAGAACUAGAGCUGGACUGGAGAGAGCAAAUGAUGGUCGGCCUUUGAUCGUUGCAUAGGAUUCCUCUCCACGAUGGACAAUGGCAGCUUGGCAAUCUGAGAACAGAACAGAGGUAGCGGCCUGGCAAUGUUUUAAUGAGAAAACAAUGGAAGGAGGCUGGGAAAGCACCACAAGAUUUCCUUCCAGCUGCCUUCCAAAUCAGUAGAAAUAGAUUAAGUCCCAUGAAAGCCUUGUAAUUUAGAGCCUCGAAAAAUAUUAAGCUUGUGAUGAGUAUGAACCUGGGGGCAUGUACCCCAUCUAUCAUGGGGCCCCGCAUUUCAAAACCACCUCUAUCUACGAUGAACACUUGAAACA